CUAGUUAUGGAACUUGAGCCUAUAAGAUAGUCUGUUUAGCUAGAGUUGCAAUUCACAAAUCUUCAGCUCUCUUUCCUCUUCUUGCAGUAGAUAUUCAAUAUGGCUUUGGCUUCUUCUUUUGUUUGCUGUCUUCUAUCUCUUCUUCUGAUUUUAGUUCAGGCAAAGGGGAGAAAUGAUUCAGUUUGUCCAAAGUCCUUUUCAUGUGGAAAUCUUACUGACCUGAGCUUUCCUUUCACUCUUCUAACACAACCUGACUGUGGAAUAAUGUCCAUUUCUGGUUGUAAUGUUAAACAAUAUCCAAGAAUCCAAUUGCUUCCUGGAGGAGAUUGGUAUGAUGCUAUGGACGAGCCGUUUAAUUAUACAGUUUGGCUCGUGGACCCGAAGCUUCAAACUAUAUUGAGGAAAAACAAGUGCCAGGCUUUUAACAAAAAUAUCUCCCUUCCAGAUUCUCCUUCUAUUUAUUUCAAAAUUCUCCAAAUAUAUACGAGGGAUUUUUACAGAUGCAACAGCACUAGUAGUACCCCGAAGAACAAGCAUUUUUCUGGUUAUAAAAUGUACAAUGGUUGUAAAGGCUUUAACAUAUACUACAAGCUUCCCGGAGAUGAUGAUGAAGUCCUUCCAGCAGGCAAUCUUACUACAAACUGUUCACUUCUCCAAUUGCCAAUUCGCCCAACAUUAGAUGGAAACUUUUAUACUCCCGGAUUUCUAGUAGAAUGGAAACUCUCUGAGGACUGUAACCAAUGUCUCUAUGGCGGAGGUCAAUGCCAGACGGAUAAAACCAACAAAUUUCAUUGUACAUAUCCAAAUAAUCCACAUGAACAAGAUGCAAAAAUGACUAGAAGCAAGUGGGGACUGACUCUGGGAGCAGGUGCAGUUUUGUUUACAGUUGGACUGUUGGUUUUACUCUUCUGCUUCAGAGAGAAGAUUUUGUGGUACAAAUACAUCAGGUUUUGGGAAUCUAAUGCUGAGGAUCACCAAAAUAUUGAAGCAUUUUUAAAGAACUAUGGAUCGUGUUCUCCAAAGAGAUACAACUAUUUAGAAGUCAAAAGAAUCACUAGUAGCUUCAAAAAUAAACUUGGUCAAGGAGGAUAUGGUUCUGUAUACAAAGGAUGUCUGCAUAAUGGAAGUCAUGUGGCUGUGAAGGUCCUGAAGAAACUAAAAGGCAGUGGUGAAGAAUUCAUUAACGAGGUAGCAAGUAUAAGCAAGACCUCACAUGUUAACGUCGUGAGCCUUGUGGGAUUUUGUUUUGAGGGAUGUAAAAGGGCUCUCGUAUAUGAAUUUAUGCCAAAUGGAUCUCUUGAAAAAUUUAUAUACGAGGAAACAUCCGACAGUGUUCGCCAAUUGGGUUGGCAAAUACUGUACAAAAUAGCACUAGGCAUUGCUCGAGGAUUGGAGUACUUGCAUCGUGGUUGUACCACUCGGAUUUUGCAUUUUGAUAUAAAGCCUCACAAUAUCCUGCUUGAUGACAAUUUUUGUCCUAAGAUCUCUGAUUUUGGUCUUGCCAAACUGUGCAUGAAACAGGAGAGUAUCGUGUCGAUGUUAGGUCCACGAGGGACUAUAGGCUAUAUUGCUCCAGAAAUUGUUUGCAGAAAUUUGGGAGGUGUGUCGCACAAGUCUGGUGUCUAUAGCUAUGGAAUGAUGGUCCUAGAGAUGGUUGGAGGAAGAAAAAAUGUUGAUGUUGGAGUUGAUCGCACUAGUGAAAUCUACUUUCCACAUUGGCUCUAUCAGCGAAUUGAACUAGACGAAGAGCUUCAACUAAUUGGAAUAAUGAAUGAAGAGGAUAAUGAAUGUGCGAGAAAGAUGGUGAUAGCAAGUUUAUGGUGCAUACAGACUGAUCCCUCAAAUCGACCAUCGAUGAGCAAAGUUGUGGAAAUGUUAGAAGGGAAACUAGACUCUUUGCAAAUGCCUCCCAAGCCUUACCUAUAUUCUCCCACAAGAACUGAGGUAGAUUUAUCAGUACUAGAGCUGGCCCAGUCUUAAUUGUUCAUAUCAGUGUAGUAGAUCAAACAUUAAGUCGAUUACCAGGAGAAGUUUCGUUCAAUCAAUGUAGUUGUAAUAAUCUGUCUAGAUCUUCAAAGAAACAGUUAUAUUUAACGAAGAUUUAGAUUUGUGUUGCAAUUAUCUUUAUUCAUCAGGGAUGUAAAAUUGUUACAUGUUAUAUUGAAAGGAUCUAAUGACUUUACAUAGUCAAAAUUCAAAGUUUCCCAGA